CCAGUUUUCAAGGAUCGAGUUUAUCUCAUUCAAGGAGAAAGACUUGAAUACCCAGGAAAAUGGUUGUAUGGUGAUGGAUCUAAAGUGAGUCACUUUGAUACCCAGUGGAGUAAUCAGGCCGACCCAACGUCAGUAAACAGUAAAGAGGAGUUUAUUGUCCUUCAUCCUGACAUGGAUUACAAGUGGACUAACAGGGAGUCCUGGUUGAUUUUUUUAAUUACAGCUAUGAUUAACGUUGGUAUAGGUGAACAACAGGUCAAUAAUAUAUUGGCAGAACUCAAUCUCCCUACGAUCCAUCACAAAACACUAAAAGAAAGAGAAAGGGAGGUCGGCCAUAUUAUGGAGGACAUUGCAGAAGAAUCUUGUAAUUCUGCCAUACGAGCCGAGAUUUUGUGUUCAGAGAGUGGCGAUGCUUCCAAUCCUUCGGAUGUUGAAAUUGGUGUUUCAAGUGACGGCGGAUGGCAAAAAAGGGGAACUGGUCGUAAUUAUAAUAGCUUGUCAGGACAUGUGACUGUUAUGGGUAAGAACACCAAGAAGUGCCUUUCUUACGGCAUUGCAUGCAAGACUUGCAGAAAAUGCAGGAAUCGGACAUCUAAAAGCAAAAAAAUUUCGAAAUCAACACAUCACUGCAGAAGAAAUUGGAGCGGGUCUGCUAAGGGCAUGGAACCCUUCCUUACUGUCCAAUGCUUAAAGUCUCUCAAGGAAAAGGGUUUAGGUGUGAAAACGCUGAUCAUGGAUGACGACACCACCACGUUUGUGAGAGCCAAAAAAGCUGUAUCAGACAAGCUGGAAAAAUGCAGCGACAAAAGUCAUAUUGUGCGCAGUUUUAGCAACUCCCUCCAUAAAGUCAAAGAUGGCCACAGGAACUUUUCUAUAGCUAAUAUUAAUUAUUUCAAAAAAUGCUUCAGCUACGCCAUUGAGCAAAACAAAGGAAAUGCGGAGGGAAUUCGCCAGAAUUUAUUAGCCACCGUUCCACAUGCUUUUGGGGAUCAUAGCGGAUGUAAUGGGGUCUGGUGUGGAUAUAUCAGAAGUCCCGACACGUACCAACACAAGAGCUUUCCAUCAGACAGAAAUUUACAGGGAGAUAAGCUAAAGGAAACCUUGUUAGAAUUAUUUACUAAACACGCCGAAAAUGCGGAAAAACUAUCCAACCUCGGCUCAUCCAAUGCGAAUGAGAACAUGAACAAAAUAAUAGCUAAAAAGGCACCAAAGUCGCAGCACUAUUCUGGGUCGGAUAGCCUCUCCUUCAGGGUCGCUGCAGCCAUUUCUCAGAAGAAUGAAGGACACGGAUUUAUUGUAGAGGUACUAAUGUUAACAAGGCUUGUUGCCUGUCACCUGGAAAACAGACAGGAGUAA